AGCUUUGGAGAAAAAUUAAAGACAACGUAAGCUGUGAACCAAGAUGGAUGCUUUAAUUUGCCGGAUUUGCCGCAAAUAAAUUCUUUCUUAAAUUCAGAGUCCUUCGAUAAAUUAAAACUCCCUUUUUUUCUCCUGAUCCAAGAAUAAUCUUAUAUACCUUGUUUUUUUUUUUUUUAAUAAACAGAGACAGGUACAGAGAGAAUAAGCUGAGAAUUCUUGAAUGCCAGGUCAGGUUGGUUGAUUGUUGAAGGUUGAAGCUGAGAGCAAUUUUUUGGCUAAUCUGGAAUCAAGAUUCAAUUUUUAGAAGUUUUUGGCAUGUGGGUCAUUGUCAUACAGCGGAGACAUCCAAAUUUUAGUUUUAGAUUAAGAUAUCUCAUGUCAAACAUGUCCACUUGAGAGCUUAGAUGAAGUUCUUCUUCCAUCUUUUUUUCUUGUCUGGUUUGUGGGUCAUUUUCAUGAGUGGAUUUUAGUUAGUAUAUAUCUUGAGUUUCACGAUCUACGCAAUUGAUGUUUUAUGAAAAGAGCUAGCUUAAUGUGGAAAGCCAUGGCCUUGGCUUCUUCACCGAAAGAGAGUAAUCCCACAAUGGCUGCGUUUCCACGGUCCCUUUCAUCAAUGGCAGCAUCAAUUGGAGGCCUUGCAGUAUUCUUGGUUAUUGCUUCUUUGCUUUUGGUUUCAUACCCUAUAGGUUCCACGGUUAGUGGAUACUUUUAUGGGAUGGAUAGCACCGGACAAGUAGAUUUACCCAUUUUUGAAGACAAUCAAAGCUCCAUUGAUCGGGGCCAUGAUAAUGAUGUAGAUGUGGUUGACAAGGAUUCUUCAUCUGGGUCUGACUUAAAAGUGCUCAUUAGUUUAGGCGGUGUUAAUAAUAACAGUGUGAAUGUCAGUGAUAGUAAACCCGGGUCUGAUUUGCAAGAAUCCACUACUGGUGCAAGAAAAGAAGAAGAGUCCAGUUUCAAGGAUGGUUCAGUUGCUUUAAGUUUCAAAGAGAAUGAUGUAGAUAAAGGAUCGGAAGAGAGAAGCUCAGAUGCUGCUUCUGCAGAUUCUAAAUCAGGGGCUAAGUCAGAUGUAUCUGCUGUGCCUAGUAAUGCAUCCAAGACUGGUUCUGAUGAUCCAGGCUGUGAUUUGUACCGUGGAAGUUGGUUUUACGAUUCUCUAGGACCAUUAUACACAAACAACACAUGCCCUGUCUUAACACAGAUGCAGAACUGCCAGGGAAAUGGAAGGCCAGACAAGGAAUAUGAGAAUUGGCGGUGGAAACCUUCCCAGUGUAACCUCCCACGAUUUGAUGCCAAGAAGUUUCUGGAAUUGAUGAGAGGGAAAACAAUAGCUUUCAUUGGUGACUCUGUUGCUCGAAACCAGAUGGAAUCGAUGCUGUGCCUUCUCUGGCAGGUAGAGGCUCCCAAAAACCAAGGGAAUAAAAAAAUGCAACGAUAUUUCUUUAGGUCGACAUCUACCAUGGUUGUCCGGAUAUGGUCCUCUUGGCUUGUUCACCAAACAUCAGAACCCAUUGAUUUUGCUCCAGAGGGUGUUGUUAAACUCCACCUUGAUGCCCCGGAUGAGCAUUUCAUGGAAUUCAUCCCCAGUUUUGAUGUGAUUGUCCUCUCUUCAGGUCACUGGUUUGCCAAGCAGUCAGUCUAUGUCCUCAACAAUGAAAUUGUGGGAGGACAGUUGUGGUGGCCAGACAAGUCUCGUCCAAUGAAGAUUAACAAUAUUGAAGCAUUUGGGAUAUCUGUUGAGACAAUUCUCACAUCUAUUGCCACACAUCCAAAUUACACUGGGCUAACCAUUCUGCGCUCCUAUUCACCUGACCAUUACGAGGGUGGGGCCUGGAACACUGGUGGAUCAUGCACCGGGAAGGAAAAGCCCCUUGCACCAGGUGAAUUAGUGGAAAAUAGCUUUACUGACAUAAUGCACAAGAAACAGAUAGCAGGUUUUGAUCGUGCAAUUAAGAAGGCGACCGAUAAAUCAAAGUUGAAGUUGAUGGAUAUCACCGAGGCCUUUGGCUAUCGUCAUGAUGGACAUCCAGGUCCAUACCGAAGCCUUGACCCUAAUAAACUCACAAAACGUGGUCCAGAUGGAAAGCCACCUCCGCAGGAUUGCUUACACUGGUGCAUGCCGGGUCCAGUUGAUACCUGGAACGAACUUGUGCUCGAAAUCAUUAGAAGAGAAUUUUCGUCCAGCCAAAGCUCUUCAGUAUGAGCUAGUUAUGUUUUCAUGUCUAUGCCGCCUGCAGACGUGCACUUUUUGCAAUGGUCACUAAGAAGCCUACACACCAAUACUUUGUAAUCGAAAAGGUAACUUAUUCAAAUGAGACUUAAUUUAUUGUAGAGUCAGGGUAACCUAGUCCUUUGGUUUUCAUUUUUUUUAUUUUGGGGUAAAAAAAAUAUUUUCGAGGUGUUAUCCAUUACUACAACUGACGGAGGAUUGGCUUGGUAGUUGUUGCAUGUUAAGGCCUCCAUUCUUUUUUGAAAAAUAAGCAAGAUCACCUUAAUCUACUUGUAGAGAAAUUGAGAGCUAUUUGUUUAACAGUGUCAUGAUAAAUAAAAUAAGUCAAAUAUCAUUGUUUCUUAUUCUA